AUGUCAGAGACUCAAUCGGUAGCCAAACUAACCGUCCAUGAUUCUUUACAUUUGACAGAUGCUCGCCUAAGCGGUCCAAUUCCAUCUUCAUUAGGGAACCCGACGCGGUUGGUUCAACUACGCCUUUCGUACAACAAUUUGCAAGGUGAAAUCCCAAACUCAUUAUGGGAACUCAAGGAUCUUGAAUUUCUGGAUCUUAGUGGGAAUAAUUUGAGUGGCACCGUGGAUUUGCACAUACUCGAGAACUUGGAAUAUUUAUAUUUGGACUUCAACAACAUAUCUUUUGUUAGCAAGACCAAGAUGAAUGCGACGCUUCCAAAACUUUCCUAUUUAAGUUUAGAGUCGUGCCACUUACAUGAGUUCCCCAAGCUUUUAGGCCACCUAAGCGGAUUAGAGUGGAUAGAUCUUUCGCACAAUAAAAUCGGAGGGAGUAUUCCUACGUGGAUGGGGGAUGGUAGCAGAGAAUCCUUGUUGUUUGUAGAUCUUUCUCACAAUUUUCUAACUGGCUUUGUGGACAACCGCAUCAAUCUGCUGCUACCUAACUUGACUUAUCUUGACAUUAGUUCUAACUCGCUCAAAAUGAGACUCCCUACUCCACCUCCAUCGGUGUCUUAUUACAAUAUCUCCAACAACAUCCUCUUCGGAGAUAUUCAAUCUAUUUGUAGAGCCAAGUCCCUUGUCACUCUUGAUUUGUCCAGCAAUAGUCUGAAUGGCACAAUUCCUUCAUGUCUCAAAAACAUUCAUUCUUUGGCAGUUUUGAAUCUUGGAAAAAAUAAACUUGAGGGUAGCAUUCCUCAGGCUUACCCAAAUGGUUGUGCGUUGAAUGUUAUUGACCUCGCAGAGAAUCGAUUGCAAGGGCCUGUCUCAAGAUCUUUGGCCAAUUGUACAAUGCUAGAGUAUUUGAACCUUGGUCACAAUCAAAUUCUCGAUGGUUUCCCUUCAUGGCUUUCAGAGUUGACCAACCUGAAAGUUAUUAUCUUGAAAUCUAAUAACUUCCAUGGUCCAAUAAAACCACCACAAAGCCAGUUCAAUUUUAGCAACUUGCAUGUCAUGGACCUUUCCGACAAUAGUUUCAAUGGUGAACUUCCUUCCAAGUUGUUGCACAGUUUCCAUGCCAUGAAAGUAGUUGCUGCUCAAGAUCGGUUGGAAUAUAUGAGUAUUGUGGAAGAGUCCUCUAGAUUUGGAAAGCCCUGGGAUUAUGGAAUGAAAUUGACGAAUAAAGGUACGAAAAGGGAUUACUCGAAGGUUCCAUAUGCCCUUAUGGUAAUUGACCUCUCCAACAACAAAUUCGAAGGAUGCAUACUUGAUCUCAUUGGAGAUUUGAAGUCACUUCUCAUGCUUAAUCUUUCGAACAAUGUUCUUACCGGUCCCAUCCCGCCCUCCUUAGCAAAUCUGACAAAGUUGGAAUCUCUAGAUCUUUCUCGAAACAAGCUCUCGGGAGAGAUUCCUCCACAGCUAGCCCAACUUACAUUUCUUUCAUAUUUCGACAUCUCUCAUAAUCAACCGCCGGGACCAAUUCCACGAGGGAGUCGGUUCAACACAUUCACGAUUGAUUCAUUUGCCAUGAAUGAGGGGCUAUGUGGAGGUCCUUUGCCAAAAAAAUGCACAACGGCUGGGGAUAACUUACUAGUACCACCAUCUCCCCAGGAAGAAAUCGGCGAAGAGCCUCCGUUCAACUUGGAUUGGAAAUUUGUGCUAAUUGGGGCUGGAGUCGGGUUUCUGAUAGGGGCUGUCUGGGGAAUUUGA